GUCUUGCAAACAGAAACAAAGUGUCAGAAAAUCCCAACAGAUGGUUUUCAAAAUGGGAACUGAGAAGAGUUUUUACAGCGACUCCAGUUCAAUUUUUAAGAAGAGAAAAUACCAGAUGCAUAGUUACUCAUGAACACCACUGUCAGUUGGCAGUCAAUAGCAUCACAUCACAACUUUAGACUUUCAGACUUUUGGCGCUGCUUAGGCUACUGACCGAAUUUCUUUUUAAAUUAAUUUUAAAACAAAACAAUCUCAAUCCGUUUGAAUGGAAUCUCCGAGUUUCCUUUAGAGCAGUGCAAAUCGGGUCGAGAACGCGAGAAGCGAAGCGAUGUUGCGCCUGCUGACACUAAUUUUUGAGUGUGUCUUCAGUUUGUCGGUGGUGUUGCAAUCGGUUGUAAUAUUGGCUGAAUCUUUGACGACGACCACAACGACGCACCAUGUCACCAUGGACUAUGAAGUUAUGAUGACAAAUUCCUGUUGGAGUUCCACCAACGAGUGCCUAAUUGCAGCGAAUUUAAAUUUCAAUUCGGGCAACAUUUUACCCAUUACAAUAAACUGCUCUGUGGCAGAGAAUCCGCUUGACGUAGUAGAAUCUAUAAAUUCAGUUGUAAAGCGUCGUUACGAGAAUAUAAGUUCCGUCACGCUGGAUGGCUGUGGGACGGCCUUGAAUGUAAAUACAUUUGGAUUUGAAUAUAUUCCUAAUUGCGAGAAGAUAACAUCGUUGAACUUGAAGAAUUUUCAUUUUGAUGAGAUCUAUGAGAUCAUUUGCGGUUCAGGGAUUGUGCUUGAAGAUGUUUGUUUUGAGCAUAACGAGUUUGCCAGUUUAAGUGCUGCGAGUGUGUCUAAUUUGAGAAAUUUAAGGACAAUAAAAUUCAGAAGCAACAAUCUGAGACACAUAAAUGUGAAUGCUUUUGAUAAGCUUCAGGAGCUAAGAGAAAUUAGUCUGAUGGAGGAAGUGAAUUUGAGAAUACGUUAUGCCAACUUAUUUGAAAAUCUCGUUCGGUUGGAGAAUUUGCAAAUAAGCUGCGUCGAUACGGUGACGAGUGAGAUGUUGUUGCAUCUUCCAGGGAACUUGGAAGAUUUGAUUAUAAAUAAAGCAUCAUUAGACAACAAAACCAUCGAGGUAAUAGCUCCUCCGACUCUGAAGAAUAUAACUCUUACUCAUUGUGAUUUCACGUCUAUCACCAUAAGAGGGCAGGAAAUUUUGACGCAAUUGAAUUUAAGUUCCAAUUCAAUAAGCCAAUUGGUUUUGGAUGAUUGCACACACCUCAAAACUCUCGAUCUAAGUUCAAACAAUCUGACUCAACUUCCGGAGCUUCAAUUCAAAAAUCUCCACCACCUGGAUCAUGUCUAUUUGCAAAGGAACAAAUUAAAACGAUUUACGAUGUUGUUGUUUUCGAAUUCGCUUAGUCACAUGCAGACAAUUGAUUUGCGUAGUAAUGAUCUCAAAUAUAUUGAAGACGUAAAUGAGCUUCUUGUUCUCAAUGUGCAUUUGCACAUAAUUAUCGAUGGAAACCCAUGGAAUUGUUUGUGGCUGGUCAACGUUUCUUUUGACUUUCCGGAACAGUAUCGAGUUUUUCGUUAUGAGAAGUUUAUUUCGAAGAUCAAUGUAAAUGGUCUCGAAUGCAUGACAUAUCCACCCGAAGUCGGUUCGUUGGAUGAAGUGAAAAUUGAGCGAAAGAAUUCUACAGCGAAACUGACAAUAGUUUAUGGAGGGCCGAGGGAAGCAAAGAGAAACCAAAAAGCGGAAGCCCUAGUUAUUGUGUUUAUGCUUCCGGUGGGAAUAGCUUUUUUGUUUGUUCUGCUGUAUCUUUGGAUAAAUUGUCAAAAACUUUUCCAUCUCUCAUUUUAUCGGGGUCUGCCGUUGGGUCGAAGUUCAGCUGAGCGAUUCGAUAUAGUGCGCCAAAUGCCGCUUAGAUGUGAUUCUGGGAAUGUCCAGAAUCAAGGAUACGAAAUUCCUGCCGCAGGAUGCAAGUGCACCGGUCAUGCUAAUAAGAUAUGCUGUAAAUUUAAUGUAGCCUACGAGGACACUACACCACAUCAGAAUGCAGCUAAGGUCUAUGAAGAAAUUAUCGAGUACAAUUCGAGCACUGGCAAUUGUUAUUAUGACCAUUUGAAUAGGGAGUAAUAAAUUAAGCGAUAUGUGAAUUGUUUUCUAAAUCACAAAUGUUAUUAAAAAAUAAUAAAAAAUGUACAAUAACUCGAUUUAAUUAUAUUUUA